CACGAGCCAAAUAAAUGAGUAAUUCGUGAGCGUUUAGACCGCAUGUUAUACAUAUGACUUCCACAGCUCGUCUGGCAAUCUGCAACCAAAUCCAUGUUUAAAGUUGACCUAGAAAAUAAUCGAAUUGUUUGAUGAAAGUGUUUUACAGUGGUAGCAGAUUUAGCAUUGCGAACUAUGCGUAAAUGAACGCCCCCAGCUAAAUUAGCCAUCUGCGCGCAUGCGGAUCGUGCAAACGCCAGAGAAAAGGCAGUUUGCAACGGUGUUGUGUAUUUAGUAUUUCAAAAGUUUAGCUAGCUACAUUUCUUCAAAAUACUAAAAAGGCUACUCAACGUGCUUCUAACGUUAGAUUGCUAUAUAAUCCAAGUGCUAGCUUUCUCGCCCGAGGCGAACGUGGAAGAGAACCAACCUGGCAGGACAGUCAGAAGGAAACUGCCUGGAUGCAGAUCAAUACAGGGCCUAGCGCGCACGUGUAAACAAGCCUUUCAUCGUUUAGCUUUCUUACAACUCUGAAAUAAUGUUUGGUGCCUCGAGAUCUGGGGGUGUAAGGGGAGGGCAAGACCAGUUCAACUGGGACGAUGUGAAAGGCGACAAACACAGGGAAAACUACCUCGGGAACUCUCUUAUGGCACCGGUGGGGCGAUGGCAGAAAGGCAAAGAUCUGACGUGGUAUGCCAAAGACAAAAAAGGCGUUGUCAAGCCUAUGUCAAGAGAAGAGGAGCUUGCCACUGUGAAAGCAGCAGAGCAAGAGGCACUGAUGGCUGCCCUAGGCCACAAGAAUAUAAAGAGACAACCAACUGGCCUGACCAAAGAGGACCUUGCAGAUGUGUGCAGGAGGGAGGAUGUGGAAGCUGAGGACAGAGAUGUGGAUAGAGUCUCAGGCCUUGGAAGCUCUGGUGCAACGUCACGGAAAAUGGUGUUCUCCCAAAAGGAGAAGGAAGCUGCCAAAAUUGGCUUGUCAGUCUUCACACACCAUAAAACAGAAGGGAAGUCUGGAAGCCAGGAAGCCUUCGCCAGAAAGAUGUCUGAGAACACAGAGAAACAGGACAUGGAUCAAAGACAUGAGAGCAGCAAAAAGAAGAAAAAGGAAAAGAGGGAAAAAAAGGGAAAAAAGAAGAAGAAAAGGCAGAGAAGAGACUCUUCCUCCUCUUCAGGUUCAGAGAAUGACAGUAAAAGGCACAGAAAGGACCACCAUCAUCAUAAUCCAUCAUGCCUCAGUCAGACUGGAGCCAGACCCCAUGACAGCCAUUCAAGGGGGGGGCCAAAGGGCGAGCGCCACCCCUCCUCCUCCCAACGACGCCAGCAGAGGCAUGACACAGACUCCUCCGACAGGGGGUCCCCUGUCCCUCGUCACCGUGCUAGCCACAAGGCAGCCCCUGCUGCUCCUACACAAAGCCACAGGCGGCGCCAUGACACAGACUCGGACGAUUAAGUUCCCCCCUAACCCCACAAUCAGACACACGUAGAGGGAGAGGAGCCCUCUAGUCCACAGCAGAGCAGCUUGACUGGUCUAUGGACUGUCCUCAUGUACCUCUGGACUGGACUCAGUGGGCUGUGGUUGAGAACAGUGUGUCAAUCUGUAGGCUACUCCUCAAACCACUCGCAGGCUUGUGGCAACUGAUUGUCGUUUUUAUCUGUUGAAUUUGUGUCUUAUCUUAUUCUGAACCAGUACAAAUGUAUUUUAUGAUCUAGCUACCAAAAUUGAAGGACAUUUUGCCACUAUUCAUGCAAGUAAAUCAGGGACUAGUUAAGUACUGAAAGCAAGAUAAGUAGAUGUGUACAUGGUGCUGAAAUUAAGUUACUGCCAAUAAAAACUAUUGCUGUACAAAAUA